CUUUACGACGACAACAACUAUGGCGGCUGCUAGUGGUAGAUUUGAAAGUGCGAAGAGUAUCGAAGAGCGUAAAGAACAGACCCGGAUUGCUAGGGCCGAAGUGUUGCGCCAGGUGAAUAGAAAUCAAUUGUUGUGCCUUGGAUGGCCACUUGCAAGCUUUUAAAAGACCCAAGCACUAUGUAAUGAACUGGGCAGUAGAACAGAAGCACUAAAUAUGCUAUUAGGACAAUUAACUGGGAUGCCCCAUGAAACCAUGACCCUAAACCUUCGAACCAAGGAACUGAAUUCCAUGAGGCUAAAGACAAUUUUGAAAAAGAAGAAAGGCUUAAAGAACUUAAGCGACUUCGGGGUGAGGAUACAUGGAUGCUGCCUGAUGUGAGCGAGCGAAUUGAGCAGUUCUCACAGGAACACUCUGCGAAGAAAAAGAAGAAAAAAGAUAAGCAUUCAAAAAAGGUAAAGAAAGAAAAGAAGAAAAAGAGCAAGAGACAGAAAUAUGAAAAAAAUGAGUCAGCUGCUAGUUCAUCAAGUUCUGAAGAUGAGUGGGUUGAAGCUGUUCCAUCUCAGACUGCUAGCAAAGAAAAGGCCUGGAAAGUGAAAAAUGAAAACUCAGAAAAAGAAGACAACGAAGUUAUUCAGAGGGAUGAGUGGAUGACUGUUGACUUUAUGUCUGUUAAAACUGUAUCAUUGUCAUCACUCAAAGCUGAAAAAGAAACUCUGAGGAAAAUUGAGCAGGAGAAAGCCCAAGCAGUUGAGCAGUCCAGACUGUUGGAAAGAGAGUUGAAUCCAUACUGGAAGGAUGGCGGGACAGGUCUUCCACCAGAAGACUGUAAUAUGUCAUCAGUUACUAAAGUUUCGGUAGUGGAAGACGGGGGAUUCAGCUGGCUAAGGAGGUCUUACCAAAGAAUGAAGGAACAAGCUGAGACACAAGAUAGAAAUUUUGAAGACGUUGUAGCUGAAAGAUACGGGUCAAUGGAAAUAUUUCAGUCGAAAUUAGAAGAAGCUGAAAAAACUGCAUCCAAAAAAGAAGAUUGUAGACAAGAACGAUGGCGGAAACCAACAUAUUCAGAUAAAGCACAUAGUCAAGAAAGUAGAAGAUCAGACUUAGUAAAUUAUAAUAAAAAUUCAAGGGAUAGAUAUGGUAUAUCAGAUAGUACGUACAAUAUUAAAAAAGAUAAGUUUAGUGGUAAUGAAAAGGAUAAUAAUAGAUCCGGGUCUUUAGAAACAUGUAGAAGAGAAUUCAAUCCUAGGGAAAACCAAGAGUUUUCUUCUCUUGGAAACUUGAGACCUAAAUUCUUAAGACCCUCUGAUGAUGAAGAACUCUCAUAUCAUAGUAAGGGCAAAAACCUUGAACCAUCUAGUUCAUCUUCAGCGUCGGUAGCUCGGGGUUCUUUGCAUUGCGGUUUUCGGAAACCCACAGAGAACAGUGAAGAAUGUUCAUCAUCAUGGAGUCAAUCUGAUGGGAGACAAGGAGACAAGAAACAUUCGAAUCAAAAGCCUUCUUUGGAAACCAGUAGCGGCGUUGCCUAUGGACACAUUUCAGGAGAUAAGAGAGAAAAGUCACAGGAUGAAAACUUAAGAGAUGACCCUCCAAAAAAAGAACAUCUGCAGGACACAAAGUCUUCCUUAUCUGGAAGUAGUCCAGAGGACGAGUCCAUCCACAUCCUAAGUGUUGAUGAGAAGAACAAGUUGGGAGCCAAGAUUAUCAAGGCAGAGUUAAUGGGAAAUAUGGAAUUAGCUGAACAACUUAAAGCCCAGCUUGAAAAGGCAAAUAAACUCAAAGGAACUACAACACAAAUAUCAUCAAAAAAAUCUGGGGUAGAGAAUGAAGACCAGCAAGAAGUGAUCCUUGUCAGAACGGAUCAGUCUGGAAGAGUAUGGCCUGUGAACACACCAGGAAAAGCCCUGGAAUCAAAAGGAGGAAGGAGGAGGAGACAGAUGGCUUCAACCCAUGAAGAAAAAGAAAGGGUCAGAUACUUUCAUGAUGAUGAUAAUCUAAGCCUAAACGAUUUAGUCAAAAACGAAAAGAUGGGAACAGCCGGAGACCAAAACAAACGUUUUAUGAGAAUGGCAUCUAAGUUUAUGGGAAAAACCGAUGGAGACUAUUACACUCUGGAUGAUAUGUUUGUCUCCAAAGCUGCUGAGAGAGAACGUCUUGGUGAAGAGGAAGAGAACCAGAGGAAAAAAGCUAUUGCUGAGCACCAGAGUCUUGCUGCACAAAUGGAAAAAUGUCUGUAUUGUUUUGACAGCUCUCAGUUUCCCAAGCACCUUAUUGUUGCAAUAGGCGUUAAGGUUUAUUUGUGUUUACCCAACUUUCGGUCUCUUACUGAGGGGCACUGCCUAAUAGCGCCUUUGCAGCACCAUAAAGCAGCUACCUUAUUGGAUGAGGACAUCUGGGAGGAAAUUCAGAUGUUCAGAAAAUCAUUGGUAAAGAUGUUUGAAGAUAAAGGGUUGGAUUGCAUAUUUUUAGAAACUAAUAUGAACAUGAAGAAACAAUAUCAUAUGGUUUAUGAGUGCAUUCCUCUCCCAAAGGAAGUGGGUGAUAUGGCUCCCAUCUAUUUUAAGAAAGCCAUAAUGGAAUCUGAUGAGGAGUGGUCCAUGAACAAGAAGUUAAUUGAUCUCUCUUCAAAAGAUAUCAGGAAGUCGGUACCCAGAGGCUUACCUUAUUUCUCUGUGGAUUUUGGUCUCCAAGGAGGGUUUGCUCAUGUCAUUGAAGAUCAACACAAAUUCCCUCAUUACUUUGGAAAGGAAAUCAUUGGUGGGAUGCUGGAUGUAGAACCAAGACUUUGGAGGAAAAGAAUCCAAGAAAGCUUUGAGGAUCAGAGGAAGAAAGCCCUGCAGUUUGCUCAGUGGUGGAAACCAUAUGACUUCACCAAAAGUAAAAAAUGUUGAGGCUUGCCUUUCUUUAUUUCCUCUUCAGAUCCCUUUCAGUUUUAUUUCUGUCACAUCUAACUAAAUAACUGGCCCUCAGGUCAUAGGAAAGAGAGCCGUGGCACCAGAUGGCUCUGGGUCACUGACAAGCAUGCAUCAUUGGAUUGUGUGGUUUCUUCCCUUACUGCUCCUGGGAACUUCAUUUCAGUGACCAGGGAGUGAGACCAGAUACAUUGGAUGGCCUGCGCACAUUCCUGUGUACCUAUUCAGUUAAUCACAGAAGAGGGUUUCUCUGAAGAGGUAUCUGGUAAGCACAGGAAAGCAAUGGUUCAAAGGGAAUUGAGUCUGCUCCAAGGUUGUUAAGUCUAUUGACUGUCUUCUUUUGUGUUUUUUAGAAUAGGACUUGGCAUAUUCAGCAAUAAUCAAAAGUUCUUUUCGUAGGAUUUUACAGAAUAGCUCUUAAUUUUUAACCAGGAGCAUAUGAUAUCACUGCGGUUCUUUUUGUUAGUCCCCAGAGUAAUAAAGUAUCAAAUGAAAAUGAAAAUAUAACUCAUAUUCAAAAUUUGAGUUUAUUUGUAUUUCUGGAUUUUCUAUUAAUAAUGUCCACUAUUAUUUGUGUCUUUGAAUUUUGGUGAUUUUAAAAGCGAGUGUUCCAAAUAACACAAUUUAUAGUUCUGUAUUUGUGUGAACAUUAAAAAUUUUAUCCAAAUCAUUAUUUUUCAUUUGUAUUGAUUACUGUAAUAUUUUACAUAAUGAGACCAUUCCAAAUAUCAGGAGCACAUUCUAUUAUCCUACUUCAUUGAAGGUACUUGAUUUUUAUUUAUUCUCACACUUGAUAUCAAGAUAAAACCAUAUGCUUACCAAAUAUGGUGCUCCUACCCUUUUUUUUAAAUAGAAAGUUAUUUUUAUAAUAAUCCUCUUUGAAAGAUGUUGGUUUUUGGAAGCUGAACCUUGGCAUUUUGUCAUAAAAUGUUGAAUACCUAGAAUAGUAGUGAUGCGUCCUCCAGAGUAACUCACAUGCUAUAUGUUUAUUUUUAAUAUUAGCAUCUCAGUAUAUCCUUAGUGUGUGUAAAAGAUAAAUACAUUCUAUCUGUGAUUUUCUUUUUAUUUCACAUAUAAAUUGAAGCUUAAUGGUUUUAAUAUUUUCAAAUUGUGUUUGAGUAUAUUUAUCAAAUAGAAGCUUGAGGGCAUUAUAUUUAUUGCUGUUUUCAAACUCUCUUGUCUUUGCUACAAAGUCUUGGAACCAGUAACAGUCAUUCCUUCAAUCAGUGAGUUAAUCAUUGAGUACAUUUGUCUGCAGAACACUGUGUUAUGUGUUGGUGGUGCAAAGGUAAAAAGCGCUUCCCCUGCCUUAAAUUAUUUUACAGCUUCGUGGAAAAAGUGACAUGUACAUAAAUAAUUAUGGCUCAAUAUGAUAACUUCUGAAGUAAGAUAGGUGCCCAGGUGUACUGGAGUACAGUGCUAAGGGAUUAUUUCCCACCUCCUCUUUCUUCAUUCUUAGCUGUUAACUUUGUUUCAUAUUUUACUGAGAAAAUAGAAGCAAACAAAAGAGAAUUUCCACCAUAUCUGUCUACCUGCAUGUGCACCCAUGUACUUUAUUUUUCUGCUUGUUAACUGUAGAUAAAUUAUUUUGUUGUUCUUAUCUAAGGCCAAUCCACUCAUUUAUAUGCUGGGUCUUAUCCUUUCUCACCUUCUAAAUUGUCUCCACUCUCUCUUUAUUGUUAGUUUUUACUUCUCUACAAUAUCAUUCCUGUUACCAUUUGAAAAAAAAAAAAAUCUAAUCUUUCAAACAACAAACCUUGGCAUCACAUCCCCUCUAGCCACUUAUCCAGUUGACAGCAAAACUCAUAAAAAAAGAAGUCUGUUUCUUCUAUUCCCCUUCUGUUCUCAGUAAAGUUAGGCAUCAUCCUCACCAUAUUGUACCUCCCAGCAUCAUUGAUACACCUAAUCACUACCCUUCUUGAAACACCCUCCUCACUUUGCUUCUAGUAUACUUUCUCUUAUUUAUCCUUCCUUACGGCACGUCUUCUGUCUCCUUUUCUGGUUCUUCUUCCUCUACUCAGUCUCUAGAUGUUGAAAUGCCUAUUCUCAAACCUCAUCUCUACUCACUCUCAAGGUAAUCACUACAUUAAAAUAAUAUUAAUUAUCAUUUAUGAGCUGGUUUAUUUUUUCAACAAAUAUUUGAGGGCCUACUGUGUGCCAGGGACUAUUCUGGGUACAUGGGAUACAUUAGUGAAUAAUAAUAAUAAUAAUAAAAUCCCUGUCUUUGAGGAGCUUAUGUUGUAUCAGGGAAGGAAAGACAAUAAACAGACAAGAUAAUUAAUCUAGAGAAUGUCAGAAGGUAAUAAGAAAAUGGGAAAAGGAAGAAUAGAUCAAGGAGGAUGUUUCCCAAGACAAUAAACAGACAAAAUAAUUAAUCUAGAGAAUGUCAGAAGGUAAUAAGAAAAUGGGAAAAGGAAGAAUAGAUCAAGGAGGAUGUUUCCCAAAAUUAUAUUCAUUCUGGACCUCUUCCCCUAACUCCAGACUCAUAUAUCCAAAUAUCAACAUGACGUCUCUACUUAGAUAUCUAAUAGGCAUCUGUCUUAGGCUGGGUUCUCUAGAGAAGCAAAACCAGUAAAGUGUAAAUACAUAUACAGAGAGAGGUUUAUAUAAGUGAAAUGGCUCACACGAUUAUAGAGGCUGGAAUGUCCCAAGUCCAUGCAUCAGGAUAGAGGCUUCUCAUGAUUCACACAACUGCAGGGGCUGGAGAACCCACGGUCAGCAGGUUGGAGAGGAGGGCUCUUAUUCACGGGCUAUGAAAAUCAACAGAUUCCAAGAUCUUCAGGCAAGACCGCAGGGCUGCUCCUGAUUCAUGUAGCUGCAGGGGCUGGUGAACUCAAGACCGGCAGGUUGAAGAGCAGGGCUCUAGCUCACAGGCUGUGAAGAUCGAUGAAUCCCAAGAUUGGCAGGUAAGCUGCUGGCUCAAGUCCCAAGAACCAGAGGUCAGAUGAACAGGAGGCAGCUGCAGAAUCCAGAGAGGGCAAAAGCCAGAACGUCCAUUUAUAUUUGGAUUUGCAGGCCAUACGCUGAAGGCGACUCCCUUUCAACUGAUUGGCUACUCACAAUAGAUCCCAUCAUGGGGGUGAUUACAUAUAAGCACUGAAAAUCAUGGCCCAGCCAAACUGACACAUAAUCUUAACUGUCACAGCAUCUGUAGUAGGUGUAUCCAAACCUGAACUCCUUAUUUUCUUUCUGUUCCAGUUAUUUAUUGCUGCUUAACAAGUUACCCAAAACUUAGUGCCUUAUAAUAACAGUUAUUUUGUUAUGUUUCACAGUCUUAUAUAAGUGAGGAAUUUGAUCAGUGCUCAGUUUUGUGAAUUGUGUCUGUUCUAUGAUGUUUGGGGUCCCAGUGGAGUGGCUCAAAUGUCUGGAGAUGAUUUGGGCCGUAUGUCUAGGUCCUCUGUUCAUCACAUGGUGUAUGCUGGGUCUGGAAUGUUCAAAAUGGCUCCUUUGCUCACAUUUGUGGGCACCUGGACUGGAAUGAUGGCUGGAAAGCUAGGGACUAGCUGGCAUCAUACUCUAUCCAUGUAUAGAAACUUCAGGGUAGUCACACUUGCUGUGUGGCUUCUGACUUCCCCCAGAGCAACCACAUCAAAGGAGUGUUCCAAGAGAUACUAGGUGGAAGCUACUAGUCAGCUAGGUCCUGGGCCGAGAGAUUGGCACUGCUUCAUUUCUGCUGUAUUGUGUUUGUCAAAACUGUCACAGCCUACCUACAUUUGAGAAGAGAGGUGUUAACCCGGCUUGUCCUUAUGUACAUUCCUAGGACUAUUACCUGAAAUAUUUUCUCUCAGUAAAUAUUUGAGUGAAUUAUUAAAUCUUACUGGCACCUUUUUAGAAGAUGACAGUUUUCUAAGGCCUGCUUUGUCUCCUACCUGAUUCAGGACUCUACCAUUGGCAUCAGUCAGGAAGAAUUUCAAAUAAUAUUAUUUAUCAUUGUAUUCUGGAAGUUUCCGCAGGUUACACAUCAAUUUACUUUUCUCUGCCAAAAUUAUUCUGUUUCUAGAAACACAUAAUUGAAGAGGAUUUCUCAGAACUAAGAGAGGAAUUACCAAAGAAGUGCUGAUAUCAAGAAACAUUUAAUAAAAUUCAAGCAAUAUCUUCAGAUGCCAGAGGGCACAGAAAUGUCCCAAGGACCAUUAAUGUGACCUUUGAGAAAUUUCUGCUGGUAGAACAGAGGCACUAAACACAUUAUUAGGCCGAUUAAUUGGAAUGUCCCACUAAACCAUGACCCUAAACCUCCAAACCAAAGAACCAAAUCCAUGAGGUUUUUGGUUGUACAUAAGCAACUUCAGCAGCUACUCUUUUUUUUUUUUUGUCAUUGUUGUGAAUAUUUAUAUCACAAAACUUUUGCCAAUUCAGCUUUUUACAGAUGUGCAUCUUCUUGACAGCAAUUAAAAUAACCAGCUGUGCAACACUACACUUAAUGCAAUUUUUCCAUCACCAUUAACUCCGUCUUUCUCCCUCCCUCCCACCCCUGGUGACCACUAAUAAACUUUGUUCUCUUUACAGUUGCCUUUUCUUGCCUUUUUAUAAAAGUGAGGUUGUACAAUAUGUGUCCUUUUUUGAUUGACUUAUUUCAGUAGCAUGUCUUCAAGCUCCAUUGUAAAAAGCUUGCAAGCAGCCAUCCAAGGCACAAUUGAUCUCUAUUCACGUGGAGCAACAGAGGAAGAGGGAAGAGUCAGGAAUAGGAAGAGGAUAUGAAAUGUGUAGCCAGUUGCCACCAUGAACAACUGCCUCUUUUGCUAUGAGAUCAAAAGAAACUGGUUGGUACCCAGCUACCAUUACUAACAUUUCGAUCAAAGAUUCUAUAGCAGAAUCCUGACCAAAAGGGGGAAAAUACAGAAAAGAAUGUCAAAUUCUUAUGGACUCUAGGCUUUCUGGAGGCGUGGAAGCUGGAUGAACCCCUGAAACUGUUGCCCUGAGGUAAUCUUUAAAUUUUAAACCAGACAUAUUCCCUGAAAUAUUCUUAAAACCAAAUAGUUUAACUGGUAAAAAAAAAAAAAAAAAAAAAAGUCUGCUUUGAGCAUUAUGCUCUUGUAAGAACUGUCUAUAUGGGGUUAAAGUGACAACAGCAACUGGAAAGAUUAGAUAGGAACCUUAGGGGGCAAUGGAUUUAUGUUACGGGGGGAGGAACAAUUUAGAAAAGAAGGGCGAGAAUGGUUGCCCAACUCACAGAAUGUAACCAAUAUCAUGCAGGCAGACCUGAGCAUUAGCCAUUUCCUAGAGCAAGUAUUGUGAAGGAUAGUUUAUUAUUACAUAGCAUUUUAUGAAAUGAGUUUAUAUUAGUAAACACCCCAGAUUGUACUUUUUUUUUAAGAGAUCCAUAUUUAUGUCUAUUCCAAAGAAAGGUGAUCCAGCCAAAUGCAGAAAUUAUCAAACUAUCAUUAAUAUCACACGCAAGUAAAAUUUUGCUGAAGAUCAUUCAAAGGCGGCUGUAGCAUUGUGUUGACGGGGAGCUGCCAGAAAUUCAAGCCGGAUUCAGAAGAGGACGUGGAACCAGGGAUAUCAUUGCUGAUGUCAGAUGCAUCCUGGCUAAAAGCAGAGAAUACCAGAAAGAUGCUUACCUGUGUUUUAUUGACUGUGCAAAGGUAUUUGACUGUGUGGCUCAUAAUAAAUUAUGGGUAACAUUGCAAAGAAUGGGAAUUCCAGAACACUUAAUUAUGCUCAUGAGGAACCUGUACAUAGAUCAAAAGGCAGCCAUUCCAACAGAACAAGGGGAUACUGAGUGGCUUAAAGUCAGGAAAGGUGUGUGUCAGGGUUAUACCCGUUCACCAUACCUGUUCAAUCUUUAUGCUGGGCAAAUCUGCUGCAAAAGACCUCUUUAAAGUAUUAGAAAGCAAAGACGGCACCUUAAAAACUAAGGUGUGCCUGACCUAAGCCGUGGUGUUUUCAGUCACUUCAUAUGCAUGUGAAAGCUGGAUGAUGACUCCUUCUAAUUGUGGUGUUGGUGAAGGAUAUUGAAUACACCAUGGACUGCCAAAAGAACAAACAAAUCUGUCUUAGAAGUACAACCAGAAUGCUCUUUAGAAGCAGCGAUGGCAAGACUACGUCCCACACACUUUGGACAUGUUAUCAGGAGGGAUCAGUCCCUGGAGAAGGACAUCAUGCUUGGUAGAGGCUCAGCGUAAAAGAGGAAGACCCUCAACGAGACAGAUUGACCCAGUGGCUGCAACAGUAGGUUCAAGCACAGCAACAAGCGUGAGGAGGGCGCAGGACCGGGCAGUGUUUCGUACAUAGGGUACAUGUUUCGUACACAGGGUCACUGUGGGCCAGAACCGACUUGAUGGUACCUAACAACAACAGACUGUAUACUGAAAUUCAAUAUGUGUAUAUAUAUAAAUACUAGUGCAGUGAACUAGAAAAUGAAUACAAUUUCUCACAGACUAAGCUUUUGUUAUUCAAUAAUUCUACACAGGAAUUUUGUUAUUUGAGAGAAAAUUAUGCAUAUUUGGAAUAUUGAUUCUGUUCCAAUUUUAUAUACCCAUUUUAAAGUACUUGUGCGUGUUUUCUUCAUUUAUCAGUUUAAUUUCAGUUUGUCACUGCAUUUCUACCAACAUUGAAAAAGAAAGAAUUCAGUUGAUUCCUUUCUGGAGGGAAAGUUUAUUUGUUGUGAAUGUGGUACUGGGAGCCACAUGCUGCUUCCCUUUGUGGCUUUCUAGAAAACCUCUAUUUUCUCGUCCAUCCUGUCUCAAAUAAAAAAUUUGAGGUAACGUUGUGUAAACUCAAGAGAAUUGUGUGAAUUAAUUAGCGUAAGAAUGUUCUUUCAAGAUAAGCAUCUUAUAUAGUUUAUGAAAUCAGCUUUUGAUUAUACAAAUAACACAACUGAGAAGCAAAACCUGCCAUAUGUAUUCAUAUGAGUAAUUGGAUUAGUCAUAAUUAUAGGUCAUUAGAUUUCAUAUUUGCGUUCUUUACAUUCUUACUCCUUUUAGCUCCUUUGCAUUUUCAUUGUUCUCCAGUUUUCAAAGACUGAAAAUAAUGUUCUUGGGCAUUUUAAUGCAUUAUUUCUAAAUUUACCUUAAUUGAUCGAAGACCAGCCCUAAUUAGUGAAAAGUCCAAAUUUUCUAGACCCAUUUAAAGAAAUAAAAUUUUAUUAUUUGAAUACAGUAAACAAAAAACAGCUGCUAACAAAGUGUAGCAAAGACUGGCUGGACUGGCUAGACUUUCUCCUUCAGGGCAGAUGGCUCAGCUACAUUUCAAGCCUUCUUAUAUAGGUGAUGGAAUGUGAAUGGAAGCCAUUCUUAAACCCUUCGCACAAUGCAUGCUCUUUUCCCUUGUGUGCCUUGAUGCAGACAAGCAUAGUGACCUCGGAAGCCGCAUGUUGAAGAUGUUGGAGCCACAAGGGGGAAGGAGCCUCGGCCCCUGAUAGGAGUAUUUCCAAUCCAUCAGUAACACCUAUUUAGGCUUUAUGAGAGCAACAAAUAAACUUCUGUAAGGUUAGAGCCAUUAACCAUUUUUAAAAUUUUGUUGUAGCAGUUAAUGUUGCUUUAGCUAAUAUAGAAACUGGUACCUGGAAAAAUGGGAUUUUCUGAACAAAACCUUUUAAGAUAUGUGGCAUUGGCUUAAUGGUUGGGUGGUAAAAUUGAGUCGUUAGUCCUAUUAAUAAAGAUGCAUUUACAAUUUCACAGCUAAGCCUAAAUUUUACAUACAUGGUCUUUCAUAGCACAAAGAGAGGAGCAACUAUGUUUUUCAAGUGCAGCCUUCUGUAUUUAAUACUCAGAGUCCACGUUUAAUUUGUAGCUAGCCCUUAUAAAGGUAAGGAGAGCUGUGCUUCUGAAUUUGCUUGUAUUCCUUGCACUGAACAUGAAUUAUUGUCUUUACUUUUAAGGUAUGUAAAGAUCACAUUUGAGACCAGGUCUUUCUUUUGGUUAGUGUAGUUUUAAUAAUCAGUUCGUAUUUGGUCAUUGGGUUACCUCUUCUGAUAACUCCUUAAUGAUGAUUAAAGGAAUUUGAUAAAAUAAAUACUGUCAUUAAAAUGACAACUGUGGAAAUAAUUUCUAAAUGUUGAUAUAGUAUUAGGUUAAAAAAGUGGAAUACUAAAUUGUGUGUGAAUUACUUAAAGCUUUACUCUGCACACAUGGAGUUGCCAUGAGUCAGAGUUGACUACUGCAACUAACAACAAUAACAAGCACAACAUCGAUAUAAAAAGGGAGAAUUAUGGAUGACUUCAAACAGAACUUUAAAUAUACACUCACAUGAUGUUAAAAAAAAAAAAAAGCCAAACCUAUUAC